AUGAACUACAUACGUUAUCCAUUCAAUCCACCCAAUGCAGUUCAGUUAGCAACAUCAAAACAGAUUCACCAACAGACGACAACUACUUAUGCCAAUAACAAAGAAGAUGAUCAAACAGGUUUUUCUACGAUUGAAAAACUGCCUGCUAGCCAUUCUACUAUUCCUAUUGAAACCGUGACACGAGAACCAGCUAAGAAUCUUCUUGAAUUGUUGCGUGAUAAAUGGGAACUGCCUCCGCCCGAACUGAUAAUCUCAGUUGCAGGUGGUACCAAGAUCUUCAAUUUAGCAGAAAGAAGUCGUGCUACCCUACAAAAGGGUCUUGUCUCAGCUGCUGUCACUACUGGUAAGAACCAAUAUUUGUAUUCUAUUUAUCUCUAUCUUUGGAUAGAUGCCUGGGUGUUCACUGGAGGAACGUAUGCUGGAGUUAUGAAAGAUGUGGGUGAAGCAUUCGAAAAAUGGAUAUACAAGAGUAGUAGUGUUGAUAAAACCCAUACUCGAGUUCCAGUUAUUGGGAUUGCAAGUUGGUAUUAUACGACAAAUUAUAAACAACUCAUUCAAAAACCAGCAAGAGAAUUGAAUAGUAGAAGAAGUUCGACAUCUGUAUUGAUGGAUGACACAGAAACUAGUCACGAAAAACUCUAUCGCAAUGGUGCACCACAAGACAACCCUCAAUCAUACCCUCUCGAUCCAAAUCAUACUCAUUUCAUUCUUCUCGAUGAUAGAUGUGGUGCAGGCGAUGAGAAAUGGAAGAAAAAACGAUAUGAUGUUCGAGCCGACCUCAUUAUUCAGUUGCGCGCUGAAAUUGAACGAGAAGCUCGUUAUAGUUCACAUUAUAGACAAAGUAAUUAA